GUUGAUUGAUCCUGUAAUCAUAGGAAUUUAUUCCUUAGAAUUAACAGUUCAUAUUUCCUAAAAUGUGCUGCAGACUUAUGUAUUUAUAUAGGGGUUAAUAACCUUUUGAAAUAAUAAGAAAGAAUUCUAUUCCUUCUAAAUUUGAGAUGGUAUCAAAGCUCCCGAUCCUUGGGAGUCUCUGACCGUGUUAUUUAUCCAAAUUGUAGCCUUUAUUGCUACUCUAUCUUCAACCUAAAACUGCGGCAGCCUUUAUUGCUGCUCCACCGUCAAGCCUUCAUUGCUUAUCGUGACUACAUCAAGUUAUGGCUGAAGCUGGGAACCUGGAAACUGAAAAUAGAUCCCUGGAAACUGGGGAUAGAUUCCAGACCACUGGAGAACUGCAAAAUAUCCAUUCUGCGUAUCGGUUAAAUGGAAAAAACUACCUCAAAUGGUCUCAAAUCAUUAGGACCAUCCUGAAAGGAAAAGGAAAGAUUUGACUGGUGAUGCACCGAGUUAGAGUGAUCCCAAAUUCAAAUCAUGGGACGAAGAAGAAUCCAUGAUCAUGGCGUGAUUGUGGAAUUCAAUGGUUCCAGAAAUCAGUGAUACCUGCAUGUUUCUAAAAUCAGCAAGGGAGAUCUGGGAGGCAGUCGAACAAACGUACUCUAAAGCAAAGGAUGCUACUCAGAUUUAUGAUGUAAAGGAGAAAACCGUGGCUGCCAAACAGGGAAGUAAGUCUGUUACAGAAUAUGCCAAUCAACUUAAAUCCUUAUGGACAAAAUUGGAUCAUUAUCGGGUUAUAAAAGCAAAGUGUUCAGAAGACUCAACAAUUCUAAAAGAGUAUAUUGAACAAGAUAGGGUCUAUGAUUUUUUGGUGGGUCUAAAUCCUGAAUAUGACCAGAUCCGAAUUCAAAUCUUGGGAAAGGAGAAAGUCCCAGGACUUAAUGAAGUGGUAGCCAUUAUCCGGAGUGAAGAAAGUAGGAGAGGGCUGAUGCUGGAAACCUCAACUACCGAAAGCUCUGCAAUGAUAGCUGAAGGAGGAACAAUCAUGGUUGCCAACCAGAGAAAAAACUGGGAGAAAAGACACGAGGAGAUUUGGUGUACCCAUUGUAACAAGCCGUGCCACACAAGGGAAAAGUGCUGGAAAUUACAUGGAAAGCCUCCAAGUCGAGAAUGGGGGCUGAAAGAUGGGAAGACCUCAAGCAGAGAAUGGGGACCGAAAAUCCCAGGCCGGGAAUGGGGAUUGAAGGGAGGCCCACAGAAAAAAGGAGGGCAAGCAUACAUUGCUAAUGGACAAGGUGAAGAAUUUGUCCAGUUGAAUCAUGAAGAGAUAGAAUGGGUAAGAUCCAUCCUUAGUAAAUUGGAGAAGCCUACAGGACAAGAACUCGGGGAGGACGAUUGGACAUGCUAGAUGUUAGAAUUAUUGGUUAGUGUGUGUGAGUUGUGUGUAUCUUAAUGGUAGAAUAAUUACUAAGUCUACCUAUGUUAGGGUAGUCAGUAAGACUAAAGUAGGGAGUAGUGUGUUGGGUUAUCUAUAAUCAUUGUACCUAACAGUUCCUUGACCUUCCAUCUCCCUAUUGUAUCAUCUCUUUAUUAUUAUAAAUAGCAGAACAUGAGGAGGGUCCAUUAAGCCCUUCAGAAAUAUAUUUCUCUGUUUUUAAUCUCAACAUGGUAUCAGAGCAGAUUCUCUGAUCCUCUACCGGCUGUCUUUGUUGUUCGCUGGCGACCGGCCGGCAUGGCCGCCAGCGGCCCUAAAAAUCUUUUCUCAACCUAUGCUUUUGUGCUUCAGUGGGCAGUCCUCCUCUAAUAUCACCGACACUUUGGUUUUCUGAUAACAGUAAGAAGUUGUUCUUCCAUUCAUCUGCACCCAGAAAAACAAAGAGACAAGUCUCCUGGGAACCCUAGAAAGGCAACUGCCUCCAUUUCGCAUCAUUUCCUCUCCGCUGAUUUGAUGCUGUUGAUGCCACAGUCGGCGCCGCUACAGUUAGCUGUCGUUGCCGUCGGUCACCGUUCGCCGGCCACCA